AUGAACAACCUUAUGGUGUUUGGUGGGUCUUCCCACCCAUCUCUCGUGAAUAAGAUAUGUGCCAAUCUUGGGAUCAAACCGUCGCAAACCAAGCUGGGAAAAUUUUCUAAUGGGGAAACCAGCAUCAGCAUUGGCGAGUCUGUCCGGGAGAAGGACGUUUAUGUGAUCCAAAGUGGAUGCGGCCAUGUCAACGACAAUUUUAUGGAGCUGCUGAUCCUUCUUAACGCUUGCAAAACGGCCUCUGCCAGCCGUGUCACUGCAGUGAUGCCCUACUUCUGCUACUCGCGCCAACCAGACAUUCCAUAUACUGCUAAAGGAGCCCCACUCAUCUCCAAACCCAAGGACAGCUACACAUUUGAAAGCUCGCCCGGAACUCCAGUUUCUUCUGUGGUUACUACCCAAAGGCCGAAGUCUCCCGCCGAAAAUGCCGGCAGCAACCUCACUGUUCUAGAAAACGUGAGAUCUCCUAAAUUACCAGUUUUGGAACAUCCCUCGCCUGUCAAAUCUUUAGGAAAUGGGGAAUUACACAAAUCACCCUCUCAGUCUCGUAUUCCCAUGGUGCCUGAGCGCAAGGAAAAUAGCUCAGAGUUAGGAUCCCUGUUCAAUGCCAAUAAUGCUGGCUAUAAACUAUGGGUUGCGCAAGCUGGUACUUUGAUCGCCAAUUUAUUAACUACAGCCGGUGCUGAUCAUGUAAUUACUAUGGAUCUGCACGAUUCACAAUUCCAAGGUUUUUUCGAUAUCCCCGUCGAUAACCUGUACUGCAAGCCAAUUGCCCACAAUUACAUUCAGUACAAUAUACCUGAGUACAAAGAAGCUGUGAUUGUUUCUCCAGAUGCAGGUGGCGCCAAACGUGCGGCAUCCCUAGCUGAUGCCUUGGAGAUAUCAUUCGCUCUUAUACACAAAGAGAAACGCUCACAACUGCCAAAGGGCCCUCCAGAUGCUAGCUUGACGUCAGGAGGGGGCGCAACUGUGUCUUCGAAGCCUUUGAUUUCGAACAUGUCUUCUUUGUCAUUGACUUCUCAAGAAAUGAAACUGUCUUCCUCUUCCUCCAAGUAUGUACAGACUACCAUGCUGGUGGGAGACGUGCGUAAUAAGACUUGCAUUAUGGUAGACGAUCUCGUGGACACAUCAUACACUAUCACGCGAGCCGCUAAACUUUUGAAGGACCAGGGGGCCACAAAAGUUUACGCCUUAAUUACCCACGGUGUGUUUUCUGGUGACGCUCUGAAUAGAGUUGCACAAAGUGCUAUCGACAAGAUAAUUGUCACCAAUACUGUGCCGCAAGAAAAAACCGUAAAGUUUCUGGGCAAGGACAGGGUUCAUGUGUUGGACGUUUCCAGCAUUUUCGGCGAAUCAAUCAGAAGGAUCCACAAUGGUGAAUCCAUAAGCAUGCUUUUCGAGCACGGCUGGUAG